AUGAUUUUCAAGGAUUUGAAUGAAGAAGAUAUGCGAUCUUGCUUGAAUGAAAAGCUAGGGAGCUUUGUCGAAGCGACGAGAAAGAAAUACGAGUCUAAUUGCGACUGGAAUCCGAAGCUAGCUGUCGAAAUUCCCGAGUUUGCCAUCUUUCCUGAGGACUCUCCGACUGCCUUCUUUUUCAUGGAUAUGUGGAACGCUGCUAUUGACGAUCUUAAUCUGGACAGGACCAUCGCAAGAUUCGAAGAAGAAAAUUAUCGAGAGAUGAUUUUUAUCGGCUUCAGAACUAAAGCAUGGAAAUUUCUGGAAAAAGCAGGACUCACAGAAGACGAUCCACACUGUUGUCCCUCAAAAUGGAUCAAUCCAGAAGAUUCUGAUAGUUUUUACGGCGAUGAAAGUGCUCAAUCAGCACUUGUUUUAUCGCUUCAAAACCUUAUUAAUCAAAACACAAAUCAAGCCCAGAUUUUGGACAAUAUCGACUCCGGAGACAAUGAAAAUACUAUAACGAUGGAUCUUUGCUUGGAAGAAAACGACGUUGUGACAACGAAUAUCCCUCUCAAAUUCACGAAUAUUGACAAAGAAGCUGAUGUUUUUGAGUUGAGACCAUAUUUGAACAACUCUUUAAAAAUAGAUGUUGACGAAAAAUACGACAAUCUUGUGAUAACACUCACCGAUGUCAGAGAAAAAUGGAUGAAAACUAAACUUAAAAUGUUUUUAAUUUACCUUAAAGACAGAAGAACUGAUGACGAGAUCGAAGACAGUAUCCGUGAAGGUGAAGGCGCUUUAGUAAGGGCCAAAGAAGUGACUAUUCUUGCGUAUUUAACAAAGCAAGACUGUCUCGCAGCAGAAGAAAAAGCUGAAGCAGGAAUUGGGGGAAGACAAGAUUUGAGAAACGUCAAUUUGCCAAUUCUGCACUCGAAAAUUUUUUACUACGACGAGGAAAUUGCCAAUCUCACCCAAUUGGAGAAGGACAGAAUAAAGACAGAAGAAAAAGAUCUGAUGAAAUAUUUCAUUGAAAGAGUUACCGAUGGAAUUCGAGAUGCAUUUAAUGGAUUCAAAAUCAAUGACAUCGAAUACGCGGGACUCAGAAAGGCAAAUCCUGAAUAUAUUGAAAAACCUUACCCAUCACCAAAAUCACGUGAAGAGAACAAAGAUGAAGACUCAGGGUCAGAUGAAGGCUCUGGGUCAGGUGACCUGCCAGAAAAUGAGAAAAGACCUCCAAGAGAAAGAAUUGGACAAGGGCAGAUCUCUGAUAUCGUCCUGACGUUGUAUUCUGAUAGUGAAACGACAGCAUUCAAGGAUGUCUUCGAAAAUACUAUCAGAAAACUUGAAGGAUGGAUGGAUGAGUACAUAAAAGAGAACAAUAUCAGCUACAUUCGUGAUGAGGACAGGAUCAAAAAGAGAAUGCUCUCACUCGACCCUUCUAUUUCGCCCAGAAACGAAGAGCCAGAGAAGUCAAGAAGCUUCAAAGCCCAAGCAAUCAAAUUUACAGAGCCUGAAUCAAAAGACACAUUUGAUGGUCUCAAAGAUGGUUUUCUUGCGAUCUUUCCCUUUCUGGUCUUUAUUCCAACGAUGAAAAUUCUGGCAACAGUUAAAACGAUGCUCAAUGUAGUCAUUAGUCAAAUUGAAAUCACUGCUUACAACCCGAAGACCACAAGAAUCGUUGAAAUAAACGAGUUGGGCGAUCCAGUCUUUGAAUUUAGAAAUACGAGUUACGGCAGAUCAAAGCAAGAGAUCGAUUCUUUCGCCGAAUUAGUUAGAGCCUCCUUCGACACCGCCAAGUAUAAGCCACGGUCAAAUAAAUGUGUCACUUCAAUCGUUGAAAAUGAUGAAAAGGGCAAAACAGUCUCACUUCCGAAUCCGUUUUCUACCGAGUGUCUCAAUGUCACGGAAUCGACCUAUUAUGGCUUUUCGCUUCUUGGUGCGAUGACAAUCUUCAGCUUUCUUCUCUUCCUUAGAUUUAGUUGGCCAUUUAUCAUGGAUUUCAUGGACCGGGAAAACUUCAUCCCCAUCUGCUGUGGAGACAGAGCUGGAAACAAGCGAACCAUUGGCACAAAUGUGAAUGAAAAAGACAUCGAGAAUACGUACCGUAUUAUCGAAAGACUAGGAUUUUUCGACGGUUUGAUGUAUCAAACAAAACCAGUCUCGAGAAAACGAGCGGAGAAAAAUAAAAAGAAUAUCGACCAAUUCAUCGUGGAACGUCUGCGCUACAAAGAACAAGACAAGCUGUUCUGGGAAUCGUUCAAAAAAGCAGGCGAAAGGCAAGAAACAAUCACAAAAGCACACAAAUGGAUUCCUUGCCUCCGCCGUACUGUUCCACGAUUCAAACCGAGGCCAGAAAAAGAAAAGGCAGAAGAGGAAGAAAAAAACAAAAAUAUGAUUGACGCCGCGAUUGGGACCCAAUCGAGGGAUAUUAAGAUUAUUGAGUUAAAACGCUUCGAUUCUGAAAAUCCAAUUGCAAAGUCCCAAUCACCAACUGAAGUCAUUGAAAUCAGCGGACAUACACAGAGAGGAGUGAUAGAACGCGCAACCGGAGUUCCAGCAUACAAUGACACUCUAGCUUAUAUCAGAAUAGUUGAACUUUUUAUCAAAGAAGGAGACUCAGGUGGAACGAGCGAGACCACGUUCCAGUCAAGAGAAGGCCCAACUAUGGGGGAAGCCAAAGAGAAGAAACCGAGUUCAUUUCGGCACUUGGCCAUUUUAUUGAAGAAAUCGCUGUUGAUACAAAUAAGGCAUCCCUGGGCACUAUUCUUUGAAAUAUUUCUUCCAGUCCUUUUUGGUUCCCUCCUAAUCGUCGCACGUGUUUAUGGUGAUGUGACGCCUGUCGCGAAUAUAACUGCCUGGGAUACCUUCAAUCCGCGCGAGCUCAGCCCAAGAAAUGUCAUCAACCUCUGUCGUUACGAUGAAGAAACGAAUCAAACUAUUCCCGAAAUGGAAAUUGCGUAUGCACCAGACACACUUUCAGCGAAACAGAUCAUGGAUCAGGUUUUAGCGGAGAUUUCAUUUGUUCGAGUAAAUGGUCAUCCUAACCCUAACAUCACUGGACUUCCCUACGACCCAGAUUAUGAUCCCGGCGAGGUGAUCGUCCGACCUUUUCUUAUGUGUCCCGAAACCAACGAGUUUUUUAAUUUCACAAAUGCUACAACCGAAGAUCAAGCUGCUUACAUUAGCACAUUUCAACGCGUAACAUGGAACAUAACAGCAUAUGCUACCGAAGAAGACCUUUCAACCUUCAUCAAGACCUCUGAAUCCACUGAUCAAAUCUUUAUGGCAGUUACAUUUAACGAAGACACUUUUAAUGGCGACACUGUUCCUGAUACUCUCGACUAUAAAAUCCGACCGCCGGCAGUUCCAAGAACUGAAGUCUCAUCAGAUGGGUUCGCGUCGGCGCGUGGUUGGCUCACUGACCUUCUUUACCCUCAAAGGAAAAGGGCAGCUGGACCUCGAUCGAAAUCGGACGCUACUGGCGGCUCACCGUAUUAUGGCGCCGAGGGGCUGUUAUACUUGCAGUAUUUGGUCAACAACGCUUUCAGCAAAGUGAAGAACUCCGCAGAAAUCGGACCUGUCGAAAUGAAACGAUUUCCUUAUCCAGAAUACACCGAAGAUGACCUCAUGCUCGCUCUUCAAAGUCAGCUUGCCUUCGUCAUCCUGAUCACUACUCUUUACCUGUCUUCCGGUACCGCCAAAACCCUCGUUAUUGAAAAAGAAACCCGGCUCAAAGAAUACAUGCUGAUGAUGGGAUUGAAAAGAAACACACUCUGGUCCGCGACUUGGAUUUUCUCAUUUGGCAAAUUCCUCAUCACUUGUUUCACCUUCACUUUCGUUUUAUUCGUCCCCUUUACCGACAAUGGCGCCGUAUUUUUGACAUCAGAUGGGCUCGUUUUCUUUCUCUUCCUUCUUUCAUACGGAACGGCUCUCAUUUCCCUUGGUUUCUUUAUGGGCGCCUUAUUCAGUACUUCGACAUCUGCUUCCGUGGCCACUGGUGGUGUUACUUUUUUGAUGUUCAUUCCUUAUCGAUUCUUGCAAAUCAACGGAUCAGCGACAAAAUACGGUGCAAAGAUUAUGGCUUCGAUUCUCCCUCCUGUCGCCAUGGCUCUUGGUCUGGAAACUGUCGGAAAUUGGGAAAUAGCCGGAGAAGGAGCAACAUUCAAAAACUUCUUCACUCCUCUUUCAAGCACAAACCCUCUCAAUCUCGGAACGCAAAUGUGUAUUUUACUUUUCGACACUCUGCUUUUCUUCUUGCUUGGCCUCUACGUCGAUACUAUUCGACCAGGUCAGUGGGGCAUCCCGAAACCGUGGAAUUUCUUCUGUCUUCCUUCGUACUGGCGACCAUCAAAGAAAAACCAGGUUACCGCAGAAGAAGCAGAAAGCGAAAAUCCCCUUGAGCAGAAACUACCAGCUGGCACAAGCAAAGAGUCUGGCUUUAGAUUAAGAAAUCUGGUCAAAGAAUUCGAAGAUAAAGGAAAAGACAAGCCCUUCAGAGCGGUGGAUAAUCUUUCCAUUGACGCGUAUGAAAACGAGAUUACAGUCUUACUUGGUCCAAAUGGUGCCGGAAAAUCAACAACGAUUAACAUGAUGUCCGGAAUGCUCGUGGCUGACACUGGGUCCUGCGAAGUGGGUGGCUUCAACAUCACAACGAAUCCAUGGGCGGCUAGAUCAAGUCUGGGUCUUUGUCCUCAGCAUGAUAUUCUUAUUGCUGAGCUAACUGUGAACGAACAUCUUAUCUUCUUCGCUGAAAUCAAGGGCUUCACCAACGCUCAAGCUCAAGAGGAAGCAAAAAUACUCGUCCAAGACAUUCAACUUGGCAAGAAGCAAAAGGUCUACUCAAGCAAGCUUUCUGGUGGAAUGAAACGAAAACUGUCAAUCGGAAUCGCCCUUUGUGGUGGAUCCAAACAUUUGAUUCUUGACGAACCGAGCUCUGGAAUUGACGUUAGAGCAAGACGAGAGCUUUGGAAGAUUUUGGAGAAAUAUCGACGAACCCAUACAAUGCUUUUAUCGACUCAUUACAUGGACGAAGCCGAGCAACUGGCCGAUCGAAUUAUCAUCAUGGCUCGAGGAAGCGUCAAAUGCUCUGGAACUGUUCUUUUCUUGAAAGAAAAACUCGGAACAGGUUAUCAUCUUACAAUGACAAUGUCGGAAUCGACAGAUUUCCCAACACUCGACAAAACUAUCCGAAACGUCUGCUCUGGCGCCUAUGUCGAGAAAAUUUACGGACAAGAAUGCGACUUUAUUUUGCCAUUUGAAGACGUCGAAAAGUUCCCAGAGCUGUUCGAAAUUCUGGAGAAAUCAAGCGAAAACCUUGGCGUCUCGAGUUUUGGCGUUUCGGUGACGACAAUGAACGAGAUUUUCUUGAAAAUGACAAAAACGAAGGAAGAUCUUCAGGCUAAGAAAUCCGUCACUUCAGCAGUGGAUAACGAAGAAAUUCUCAAAUCGAUGACUGAAAAGAUCGACCUAUUGACUGGCCCUGCGCUUCGAUUCCAGCAAUUCCGCGGAUCUUUUAUCAAAUGCAUGUUCCACUCUCUUCGAAAUAUCAAGACGAUUCUGACUUCUCUCUUCUUCCCCGCCUUUUUCGUCUCCUUGGCCGUUAUCAUCAUCGGAGUUAUUCCGACUAUCGGCGAACAGGAUCCUAUUGAUCUUUCUCUGACUCCCUACGAAGGUGGAAUCAAAACACCAAACGGCUUCUCCAAUGUCAUAGUCAGUAACGAUGGCUUCCAAACAGGAUUAGACAGAACCUUCCCCGACGGAAAUAGUGACAAAAUCGCGAAUAUCGAUGAAGCCACCCUCUCAGAACACUACGGAAAUUUUUCCGAAUGGGACGAUCACAUCGCUGAAAUCCAACGAGUUGAGAAGUCGAAAUUCGACAAUGAGUACCUCAUGGCCUUCCAUCUGAACAGCACUAACAAAAUCGCUCUUUUCAACAACGAAGCUUACCACACGCCUGGAAUGGCGAUGCACUACAUGAGUUUGAUCCUCCUCAAGCAGCAAAAUGAAAACUUGAACAUCAACGCUCAAAAUCAUCCACUUCCGCCUGAUUCGGGAACUUCCGUUUCCCAAGAUACAAGUUUCGCAGUGCAAGGAUACAUCGUCACUUUCUACUGUAUCAUUGGAAUGAUGAUCAUGUACGCGCAGUUCUCCCUGCUUCCGUGCAAAGAGAGGGAACAGGGCGUGAAAGUGAUGCAAAAAUGUUCUGGCGCUCCUCUUUGGGUGACCUGGCUAGCGAAUUACUGCUGGGAUAUUUUGAAUGCACUUCUCCCAAAUGUUCUAGUCGUUAUAAUUCUUCUCAUUGGUGCGCAGUUUCUUGAAGGACUUGAGGCAUUCUCUGAUGCUGCAUUCGCCCUAUGGUUUGGUACAUUCAUCACUUCUUUGGCCAUCAUCCCUUGCGUCUACUGUCUGAGUUUCUUGUUCACGAAUCCAGCUAAUGCGUCCAACUACAUCGGAUUCCUCAAUUUCGGACUUGGAAUCAUCACUUUCAUCACUUACUCAAUCUUGAGCGAUUUGGACGACAUAAGCGAAGGGACAAUUAACCUAAUCGACCGACUUUUUUCCAUCGCUCCUCAAUACUGCUUUGCUCGAAUAAUCUUCCUUAUUUACUACAAUGGAAACAUCUACAAAGCCUGUGAAGAGAACGAAAUCACUAGAACAGCUUGUGAGGAAGCUGGUUUUGUCUAUGUCAAAGACGUCUUGACAAUAGAAGAAGGCGGAAUCGGAGAAUAUCUUGCUGUUGCCAUCGCCUUGAUAAUCCUCUACUUUGUCUUGCUUUCUUUGAUCGAAUGGGAGAGCGGCACAAAAACUCUCAGUCGAUUCUUCAAAAAAAUCAUCCCAACAGAUCUUUGCAAGCAGUGCUGCGCCGCCUGCUGCUGCAAUCAACCUGAUGCCACGGAUGACCCAGAAGCUGAAAUUCAAUUCGAAGAUGACAGCGACGUCAUCGCCAUGGCUCAAAAAGUGAACAAGGGAGCAAAAGACCUGACCAAGGAUCAUUCUCUCGUCGUCGACAGUUUGGAAAAGAACUACGACGGUUUCAGAGCUGUCAAGGGCGUCAGCUUUACCGUCAAGCCAAACAGCUGUUUCGGUCUUCUUGGUCCAAAUGGAGCUGGAAAAACUUCUUGUUUCAAAAUGCUCACUGGCGAAGAAACUGUUUCAAAAGGAUAUGCUUAUAUCAACGGCUUGGAAAUCCAAAAAGAUCGUUUCGGAAGUCUCAGAGAGUUUGGUUACUGCCCUCAAUUUGAUGCUCUUCUGCAGCAAUUAACUGGCCGAGAGACUCUCUAUUUAUACGGACGAUUGCGAGGUGUGCCUGAGAAAGUUUUGCCAAAGAUGGUGAAUAAUCUGAUCGAACUUGUGGGAAUCAAGCAAUACGCGGAACGUCCAUCUUCGACCUAUUCUGGCGGAAACAAACGAAAACUCUCCGUCGCCAUUGCUCUGACUGGUUAUCCCCGAGUAACAAUUAUGGACGAGCCCUCAUGUGGCUUGGAUCCUGGUGCUAGACGACAAUUGUGGAGUGUCAUUUUGAGCGUCAUGAAAACUGGUGCUUCUGUUUUGCUCACCUCCCAUUCUAUGGAAGAAACUGCUGCUUUGUGCGAUGAACUGGCUAUUAUGGUCAAUGGCCGACUAAGAUGCAUUGGAGGACAACAACAUCUCAAAUCAAAGUUCGGAAAAGGCGUUGAAAUUGAGGUGCAGCUGCCUGAAGGAGGAAAUUCUCAAAAUGUUUCGAAAGAAAUCAACAACAGAAUGCCAUUCCUAGAAGUGAAAGAAAUCAACCAGUCUUUCAUCUCCUUCCGCGCCGAAUCUGGAGCCCAACUAUCUACUCUCUUCAAAGAGCUUCAAGCUACGAAAAAUACCGGUGUCAUUGCGGGCUACACGGUCGAUCAGCCGACUCUGGAACAAAUUUUCAUCGAUUUAACCGGAAUCGAGGAGAAAUAG